AUGGACGCCCCCACUCUCGUUCUCGUUCCCCCAACUCCUCUCCGUUUCGACAUCCCUGCGCCCCCAGAGGUCCAGCACCCGCCCCCGCUGCCCAGCUCCAGCCAGCAGCGACCCCACAAGGGCAGAGACUCCGUAAGAGACUCCUCAGACGCCAUUUUCAGCAUAUACUCCAUGUAUGGCGACGAGCACACCUCCCGAGCAAGCACCAGUUGGGCAUCCCCGCCUGCCCCUGCUGCCAAACACGAUCGGACUCGCUCCAACGGCACAUUGCCUCCGACAGUCACCCUCAACCUCUCCCCAGAACGCCCCUCUUCCUUCUUUGCCUCCAACGGCUAUGCCCGUACCAGUCUCGCAUACUACUCAGACGAAGACACACCGCCCCCUGCGCCUCCUCCAGGGGCUGACAAGCCCUCCACCAUGGUCGGCGUCGACAACAGUCCGCGCGAAUCUCUUGCCACCACAUCCUCCGCACGUCCUCCUUCAAGCUAUGUAACCCCGUCAUCACUCCGCGCGCCCUCAGAUCUCUUUGAAGACCACCGCCUCUCAGGCCUUCGCACAAGCGAUCUCUCAGCCUCAUCGUACACCCAUGGCCCCAGCAACUCGAGAGACUUCCGAAGCGGAUCCCCUCACUCCAAACGCUCCUCCCGUAGCUCACACAAUCCCCAUCGUUCCUUGCGCGAUUUGCCUCCGCUACCGCCUUCCGCCAACCCAACUCCAUCCCCUACACCUCCACGCCAACCAUCGCCCUCCCCCGUUCUUCUCACCCCGAAGACAUCGCUCAACCAAAGCCAGAGGCAUCAUCAAAGUAACGUCAGCUCGCCUUCUAGCAAGGCAUCUUUAGCACCUUCCGAAGGCGAGGACAUGGAUGCUUUUCAUGUCCGGAACACAUAUGCGCAGUUGGAAGCAUCAGGAGUUCGCGGUGAUGGCUAUGAAGAAGGUAUCGAACGGACACGGGCUAGAGUAGGCAACAGUAGAGCAAGCCAACUGGAGGCAGAUUCUGCGAUUGCUGAUGGAACUGAGAAGAAGCGGGACUUAGAUGCCAAGGAGCUGCAGGUUCUGCGCAAUGUCGAUAGAUAUGGCUUCUUUUCUGUUACCUCCCACGACCGAUUGGUUCUACUCAGCGCAGCACCUCUGCUCAAGAAAUUAUCCCUCGCACCAGCCGGCCCACCUUCCGCCUCUCCCAAUGCUACCCCUGUAAAGUUUCUACCACCGGCUUCAAUAUCUCCCAAGGAGACCUCACGAAUAUCCAAAUGGAAUCGUAUGCUCGUGCCCCAGAAACCCCAGCAAGGAGGCAAUGUGCAGAGCUGGCGGCUACGACCGUCGAAGGAAGGCAAGCUGCGAGAACGGACGUACAAAGGGGUACCCGACCGAUGGCGAAGGGCGGCUUGGGACAUGCUGAUAUCUGGGCGCGCAGGUGCUAGCGCGAGCGACUAUGAGAGUCUAGCAGCGCAGUACAGGGAUUGUCUAGACAAACCUUCGACAUACGACAUCCAAAUUGACUUGGAUGUACCGAGGACCAUUAGUGGGCAUAUCAUGUUCAGGACAAGAUAUGGUGCUGGACAACGAUCUCUGUUCCACGUCCUCCACUCCUUCUCCCUCCGCUGCUCAAGCUGCGGGUACGUGCAGGGCAUGGGUCCCAUCGCGGCUACCCUGCUCUGCUACAUGGAGCCCGAACGCGUCUACGCGUGCCUCGUCAUCCUACACGACGCCUACAGGUUGCACGACGUCUUCAGCCCGGGCUUUCCAGGCAUGCUCGAGGCGAUCUACGUCCAGGAGCGUAUCAUGGAGACGACGAUGCCCGGAGUGUACGCCGCGUUCCGCAAGCACAUGAUUUCGACCACGUCGUACGCGACCAAGUGGUACAUCACGCUCUUUGCCAACUCAGUGCCCUUCCAGACGCAGCUAAGGCUUUGGGACGUAUUUUUGCUCGAGGGGUACGAUCUAUUCGUUGCGGUGGCGGUGGCGAUCGUGUGGGUCUAUCGGGACCACAUCACGUCCGCCUCGGCCAACUUCGAGACCGUCCUGUCGCUCCUCUCGUCGUUCUUCAUACCAGAGAACGAAGACGCCCUUAUGUCAUGGAUUGAGGCCACGCUCGGCGACAAAAAGCUACGCGCGAACAUGGUAAAAUGGCGGCAGGACUGGAAAGGGCUUGUUGCCGCCGGCAAAGACGGGAACGCGCUGCUAUAG